AAAGUUAGUGGGGAAAGGUUAGGUGCAGGUGCAGCCACGAGUUGCUUUAAAACCCUGCUCGCAUGGCUGACUGAACAACCUCAACAACCUCCCACGCAGCCACAUCGACGACAACAAAUAAGAGCAAACCGGACCUGAGGAGGAGACUUGCCAUUUCUUUCGCUGCAACCUAGCUCCAGCUCUUCUUCUCGUCCAUAAUCGGUAUCAAAUGGAUUCCAACACCCAAAUCCUUGAAAAACCAGAAGCGAAAUCAUUAGAAGAACAGAACCCACUUGCCAUCGUGCCAUCAAAAAAACAAAUAACCUCGCCCCCAUUUGCCACUGCUUCACUCUCUCUUUCUCUCAAUACAAUUCUCCCCACACCGUUCUCUCUCCAACCCAAGAUUUACUCCUUAUUUUCUCACCAGCCAAGCAGGGUCAAGAUCCCCACCCAAGCAUCCUCUCUUGCCCACCUCUCUCUCGCCGCCACUUCCACCUCUCCCUCUCCCUCCAAACUCUCAUUCAAGUCCACAGUCUCGGCCAAUCCUCUCCAAAACCCACUUUCACUCGGUCCUCGCCGCCCCUCUGACCCUUCCAAUGGGGCUGGAAUUCGUCGAGCUGCCAUCGUUUGGUUCCGCAACGAUCUUCGCGUCCACGACAACGAGUGCCUCAACACCGCGAGCAACGAGGCCAUGUCGGUCUUGCCCGUCUACUGCUUCGACCCUAGAGAUUACGGAAAAUCAUCUUCUGGGCUUGAUAAGACCGGGUCGUGCCACGCCUCAUUCUUGAUUGAAUCAGUCUCUGAUCUCAGGAAGAAUCUCCAGGCAAAAGGAUCAGAUCUGGUGGUGAGGAUUGGGAAGCCUGAGACGGUUUUGGUCGAGUUGGCCAAGGCGGUAGGUGCUGACGCGGUUUAUGCGAACAGAGAGGUCGCGCACGACGAGGUUAAGGCUGAGGGGAGGAUUGAGGCCGCAAUGAAGGAAGAAAGUUUGGAGGUUAAGUACUUCUGGGGGAGUACUCUGUACCAUCUUGACGACUUGCCGUUUAAGUUGGAGGAGAUGCCGGCGAAUUACAGUGGGUUUAGAGAGAAGGUGCAGGGAUUGGAGGUCAGGAAAACAAUUGAGGCAUUGGAUCAAGUGAAGGGGUUGCCGGCUCGGGGCGAUGUGGAGCCUGGGGAUAUUCCCUCAUUGGUGGAUUUGGGCCUUAAUCCAUCGGCGACAAUGGCUCAGGAUGGAAAACUGGCAGCCAAUGCUUCCAUGGUGGGAGGUGAGACUGCAGCACUUCAGAAGAUUAAAAGAAUUGCUGCGGAGUGUCAAGCACAGCCACACAAGGAGACCAUGGAUGGCAACGGCAUAUAUGGUGCAAACUUCUCCUGCAAAAUCUCUCCAUGGCUGGCCAAGGGAUGCCUCUCUCCCCGCUCUAUGUUUGAUGAGCUAAGGAAAACGGCUACCAGAACUAUUUCUACUUCCUCAAACCGGAAUGAUGGUGGCUCACCUGAUAUUGGAAAGAACUGGUUGAUGUUGGAGUUGAUGUGGAGGGAUUUCUUCAGAUUCGUUACCAAGAAAUACAGUUCAAAACAGCUUGAAGCUGCUGCUCCAGCCACAGCUUGUACGGGUGCCCUUGCUUAAACAACAAAUUGUACUGCAAAUUAAAAGGAAAUUUGGUCUGCGAUGUCAUUUGCUUGCGCUUAUUUAUAAUUUUCCAAGAUGCAGCUAUAGAUGUUGGGAGUAAGCUUGUGAUUGUUGUUCCUUGUUGAACAUUUUCUGGCUGUUAAAUAAAUGAUCAAGUAUGGCGAACUUUGCCUUGUUCAAGAGUCGGAUAGUUUUGUCCUUUCUAAAAAAUUUCUAUCUUCAUGUGCUCUCUCAUGUGAAUAACAGAUCCCUUUGGUUCUGCUUCUCA